CUUUGUGUCUGCACAGAGAGUGGCUUUUUGUAGAUGUCUGCAGGAUUUUGUUUUUGUCAGGAUUAUGCAUGUAGCUUCCUGUCUCUGACCUGUAGAUGGUGCUAUCAUACAUAUUUCAAAACCCUGAUGUGAUAUGCUGGAGCAUAACUGAAUUAUGUAAAGACGGUCAGAACGUUUCCCUCAAGAUAUAAGGAAAACAUUUGGGUUGACUGAUUUGGAAAAUUAAUACUGAUGAAAAGAUUGUUAUCAAACUGUCAUGUAGCCUUUUAUAAAGACAGAAAGUCAUUACAUUCAUGAUGUGUAGGACGACAGCUUUUAAUGGUCAAACACAGACUGAUGCACUGACCAACUGUUACAGCCCUGGUCUGAGGCCUGUCAGUCUCCCCCUCCGUCCCCUGUGUUGAUUAGUGUCAUCACACUCACCUGUGUCUCUCUCAUCAGUCUCACUAGCGUCACCUGCUGCGUGUCCCUCUCCUUCACACAGGCCUGGUCGGGUCGUGGUGAUUGUGUGACAUUUUCAGUGUGGUGGUCAUGUUCAGCGGUUCCUGUGUGCCUUGUUCCAAGUUCCUGUUGGUGGUCAGCGUGAUGUCGUUCCUGCCUGGCCCUGCUGCCCAGACAUGGUGAUAGAAUGACCCUCAUCUGUGGACCCAAAGACAGACGGACAGACAGAACAGAACUCACCUUGUUCCAGAGUGUUAGAAAACAGCAGAUUCUGGAUUCCAGGUGAUGGGGAUUGACUUGAUGUGAGACUUUUCAACAAUCUACAAUAAUGACCUUUUCUCAGAAGGUAACACAUUUCAGCUAAUAACCUGUCCCAGGUGAAAAUGGACAAUCUUUUGGCAGAAAUACAAAGUGUUACCUAGCAACCGCCCCCCCUGCUGUCCCCACCAACACAGUAGUAUCAAUAGUCAGCCUGAAGGCAUCUCUGUAGAUGACCCUGCCUCCCUAUCAAAGACCGGCUUCAGCUCAGUUCCACGGGCCCUGUGACUCCCUCCCGAUUUGGCAGACAACAGGCUCAUUCUCUGUACCUCCACUGCUGACCUCAUUGUCUCUUUGUGAAGAGAAAAUCCACAGUUGCAUUCUGUUAAAUGGCAAACGGUGCAUCAGCUGUGAGCAGGACACACUGUUCCAUCCGUAGCCGGGGUCUACAGAUGAGCAGGGACUCUGACACUACGAUAGGACUGGACACCAGGAGAAAAUGAGUCUUGAUGGAGAUUCAUUAUCGGUGAUCGAGAACCCUGUAGUGGUCAGUCAGCAGUCUCACUCAGAGACCCAAACAGCAGCAGUUGCAGAGACCAAAAGUGUACCGGCCUGGUUAAAAGGAAUCUAUUCCAUAAAUCAAGCUCACAGGCUGCUGAGGCUGCUGGCAGCGUUGUGUGCACUCGGGCUCCUGGGAGGUGUAGCUGUAGGCGUCUGGUUUCUAGUGAAGCUUCUGUUGAGGCCGUCUUCCUCUCAGAGUGCAGUGGGACUUGACGACACAAAGGAAACGUCCUUCUGCAAUGUCACAGAAGACAUUUCCAUCUCUGACUCCCGCAAAGUGUUUUACAGAAUUAGCCCAGAGAACUCCCUCCUGGAGAUCCAGCUGGGGAGGCUGUCCACCUGGCUGCCAGUGUGCUACGAGAGGUGGAACUCCUCGCUGGGAACGCUGGUCUGUCGACAGCUGGGUUACUGGAGACUGACCAAAGAAAAGGGAGUCAAUCUAACAGAUAUCAGGCCAAACUACACGAAUGGCUUCAUACAAAUCACCUCUGAAAACAGGAGUAGGCUGGAAAACAUAUGGCAACACAGGGAGAACUGCAUCACCAGAAAGGUCAUCGCUCUGCAGUGUUUUGACUGUGGAACGAGAGCAAAGUUGCCCCGGAUAAUCGGGGGGGUGGAGGCAGUGCUGGGCAGGUGGCCGUGGCAGGUCAGCCUGUACUACAGCAACCGUCACACCUGCGGCGGCUCCAUCAUCACGAGCCAAUGGGUCGUCACAGCUGCCCACUGUGUGCACAACUACAGGCUUCCCCAGGUGUCCAGCUGGGUGGUCUACGCAGGGAUCGUAACACGAAGCUCGGCAAAAGCAACUCAGUACGCAGGACAUGCUGUGGAGAAGAUCAUCUACAACAAGGACUACAACCACAGGAGCCAUGACAGCGACAUAGCAUUGAUGAAGUUGAGGACACCGCUAAAUUUCUCUGAUACGAUUCGACCUGUGUGCUUGCCUCAGUACAACCAGAAUCUUCCAGGAGGAACUCAGUGCUGGAUCUCUGGAUGGGGAUACACUCAGCCUGACGCUGUUCAAUCCCCAGACACACUGAAGGAGGCGCCAGUUCCCAUUAUUAGCCCAAAGACAUGUAACAGCUCCUGCAUGUAUAACGGUGGGAUCACCCCAAGGAUGCUUUGUGCUGGAUACACAGAGGGAAAGGUGGAUGCAUGUCAGGGGGACAGUGGGGGACCUCUGGUUUGCCAGGAUGAAAAUGUAUGGAGGCUGGUUGGUGUUGUCAGCUGGGGUACAGGAUGUGCAGAACCCAACCAUCCAGGGGUUUACUCCAAAGUAGCUGAGUUCUUGGGCUGGAUCUACGAAAUGAUUGAGAACUACUGAGGAGACUACUAUAAAAACAACAAAGAGCUGCUGAUUUCAUUGCCUGAGCCGCUGGGAAAUUAUUGGUUAUUUUAUCUCAUUUAAGUGUUGACUAUUCUGUGAUGUACACAACUGAGUGGAAAUACACAAAUGUAUCUGUCA